AUGGCAUUAAAUUAUUUAUUGAAACGCAAUUUUUCAUUCUAUGUGAAGCACAGAGCUAAUCAAUCUUUUACAUAUGAAAAAUACGCCCGAAAUAUUUAAGAUACUGAUUUAGAUUUCCCUCAUGGUAAAAGAAAUAAGAUCAUUUUAGUUGGAAGAGAGUUAGAUCAUUUAAUAGAAUUGAAGCUUAAAGAGCAAUAAUCAUAAGCUGAUCUAGAAAAAUAGAUAAAGGAACUGGAAGAGAAAAAGGAUGAUAAAGAUAUAAAGUAACUUGAGAUUUUGAAAUCAUAGAGAGAAAUUGUAUCUGGAAACGGUUGUAUCCUGCUGUAUAGAUCAAUGUUACAGAUGACUUAGAAGCUAGCAUUGUUUGAAAUGGGUGACUUGGUGCUUGAGGAUAUUCCAAAAAAUCAUAAUUUCCUUGUAUUGCAUCGACUGCUGAACAUUCAUGCUAAAUGGGAAGAAGUAGAUAAGACUAUUUUAGCUUUCCUGGCUUAGUUCCCACAUAAUCCAGCCGUCAUGUAUGAACUAGAUACUAUUAAGUUUAGUGAGUUUGACACGCAGACUAAUGUCACUGAUAUUUACUGGUGCUAGAUAAUUGAUAAGCUCCAAGUUUAUUUUGAUAGAAAGAAAUUUAGAUGA